GGAAUAUGGCGGCCGUGUCACAGUACUGGUCGAGACACAAGAAAAACUCUCCCCACGCGUGGUUUAAAGGCUGUAUAUUCCAGCAUAUAUGGCGGGAAAGACAACAUAGCUUUUCUUUAGGUGAGUGUAACUAAUUUUUUGCCUCUUUGAGAAACAUUAGUGUAUUGGGAAAAUUUACACGCCAUGAAAUUGUUGUUACGUUGUAUUCAUUUGUGUUGUGCAACAUAUCACACGUGGUUACAGUGGAAACAACAACGAUGGAGGCUUUGAUCAAGUGCUUUGUUAGACAGAAAGAAAACGCAAUGAGUAGAGAAACGUCCAAAGUAGAAUGAGAUUGAGGUUUUUUACGAGUAUGGUUUAAAGUGUCCUUCCUUGAAAAAAUGUGUUCUGUUGUAGUUCAAUUUUAUCCUUGGCUUAAAUAUUGUUCCCCUUAACUUUGGGAAUGUUUACCGUAUUAUUCUAGUUUUGAAAGAUGGAAGGAAUCAAACCAAAUUGUACGUUCCUUUGUCUUGCAUUUUUUCGUAAUCAGUCUUUGAUAAUCUGGCAACUUAAAAUUUGUUUCCUGGAUUAGGUCAAAAUAGAUCAUAUCGCCUGCAGCACAUCACGUAUCUCACAAGAAUACUGCUGGACUGUUUACUGAGCCAUAGAUUUGAUGAAGCUCUGGAGUGUCUUGUUGGAUUAUGUGGAUUUUGUAGAAGAAUACCUGAACUGUUUUGGCGAGUGAGUUGCAACAUAUCAUAUAUAUUAGUUUAACUCUUUUAACUCCUGUGAGUGACCAAGACAGAAUUUCUCCUUACUAUAUCUAUACAAUAUCAUGCAGACAAGUAAUGAGAAUAAAGAAAAAUAUCAAUUAUGGGAUUACUAACUGAUCCAAUACCAAAUUCUCCAAACUAACAUAAUGAGAAUUAUUUGGCAGACAGUAAAGAGAAUUACUAAUGAGAUCUAGGGAGUUACAGGGAUAAGUCUGUAUUCAAGCCAAGUGACCCAUAUAGCUGGAGUUUAUCCUGGUUUCAAUGACUUGAAAUGACUAGGAGAAGUAGGACACUCCCCUGGACGGGAUGCCAGCCCAUUACAGGGUAACCCCCCCAGCAUUUCAUCAGGUGUCUAUGACAGUUCACUAGUACCCAUAUAUACACCUGGGUGGAGAGAGGCAUGGGGAGAGUAAAGUGUCUUGUCCAAGAACACAACACAAUGACCUAGCCAUGUCUUGCAGCUAGACUCUCUACAGGGAUUCCAGUGCACUGACCAUCAGGAGUCUUUGUCCACUGUGUCUCUCACAUUUUUUAAGUAGUUUUCUGGAAAAAGAAAAAAAACUUGGCCAAUUUGGGUGAAAAAUUUGUUUUUCUAGUAAGUGACCAGUUACCAUUUCUUGGACCCAGAUCUCUUUGCUGUGGCAUCCAGGCAUCCAUCAUGUCUUUUACCAUAUGCUUUUGAAGGUUUUGUUUUUCUCUCUAAAAUAUUGAAUUGUGAUUGGAUCAGUGGGCAAAGUAAAAAAAUUGGAACACUGAAGGAGAUUGUUUGUCUAAGUUGUAGGACUCUGUGUAAUCUGUAACCUCAACGAUUUAUCAAAAUUUUCCUUACAAUUUAGGGACCAGUUAUAAUCCAAUAGGGGAAGGGGUAGUUUUUUAUGUCUGUGAGGCGGAGGGCUUCAUCAGUCCCUCCCUUCCCCCACUCACACACAUAAUGACUGGUCUCCAGUUAAAGUAGAACAGCAGAAAACAAGAAACUUUGCUUGACACUAUCUUAUUCUCCAUUUGUGCUGUCCUCUAAAAAGCCAGAAUAAGCUAUUGGAAAAACUUUUUAAUAAAGGGGACAGUUUCUAAAGAAACUGUGGUGCUGCAUUGGCAGGAGAGUAUAACAGGAUAAUUUUACAUUAGUAUUAUCAACUGAGUUGAUAACAUAAAUUGGCUACUGUUAAGAAUUAAAAGGCUGAUGUUUUGAACAUUAGCAAUUCUUCAGAGCACCGAUGAAGGAUUAAUGCAUGAAAUAUCAGCUUUUAAACUCUUUACAAUGGCCGGUUUACAUCAUCAACUUAGCUGAUAAUACUAAACUACCCCUGUUUUUUUUUUCUCUCAGUUUCAUUUUGCAAGAGGGUAGAUAAAUAGUAUUAGGCACUUAAAAUGUUAAGGAGUUUUAAACAGGAUUUUGUCUUUUUCCUAGCUUGUUCACACAGUGAAAUAUAUCUUGUGAAUUUUUUUGUUUUCAGACAGGAUCCGAAGUUCUGAAAAACCGUCCCGGAAGCCACAUGCACAUGAUGCAAUUCUUAAAAAACAUGUUUGUAAUUUGUGUGCCAUUUAAAACCGAACUUCUGCUGGAUCUUGCUAUGUACUUGGUGAAACACAAUAAUGAUAUUACAGAAGCACAAGAACUUCUUACAUCAAAACUUUCUCAAAAGCCAUUCAUGUCAAGCCCUGUUCUUCAAGCUUAUGCUGGACUCUUUGCAUAUAUUCAAUGGAAGAAAUGCAAACACAAGAUUGACAAUAGAUAUUUAGAAAACGAUGAUCACAGUGAUAUGGACUUAACAGGAGGUGAUAAUAGGACUUAUGCUGAUCUGAAACGUCAAAUGGAUUUUCAUGGGAAGAAGGCUCUGGUUUUUUUCGUCAAUUUAGUCGAACAUUGUGGUGUGUGGGACAUCUUUAUCACAAGACAAGUUGAGAUGUUAAAAUAUUAUGACAUGGCUGAUGAAGCAAAAAGUAUCCUAGUGAAGUACAAGGAGAAAAAUCCUGAAAACCCUAAUUCACAUCGGUAAGACAUUGAUAAAAAUCUAACUCUUUAACUCCCAAGAUCUGAUUAUUAAUUCUCCACUCUAGCUGCUACCAAUUUCCUUGUAAAUUAAAUAGGAGAAUUUGGUGUUAGAUCAAGAUAAUAACUUCUAUCUGAUAAGUUUGAGUAUUCUCAUAAUCUGUUUGCUGGAUGAUGUAUCUAUGUGAAAGGGAGAAGUUACAUGUUUAUCAUUUUUGGGAGUUAUAGGGUUAAGUAAAACAAAACAUUUUCUUGUUAAUAAUAUAACUUUCUCCUUGAUAUUUUUCUGCUUGAUGUGGCACUCCUAGAAUUUAAAGGGUUUUUAUGACACAAAUGUUCCCUAAUAUACACAUAAAAUGUUUUUUUUCCUGAUACAUGGAAAGCUUUCAAAUGGUAACCUGAACUUCCAGCCAAGACAACUUGGCUUUUCCAUCUUGGAUAAUUUUCUGUGGUAACUCUGGUGUGUGACUCUGAUGAUGAUUUCCAUGCAGGUUGUCAAAAUGUCAGACACCAUUACUUACAACAAUCCUUUUCAUUAUCACACUAAGCCCAGAUAAUCAGGCUACAUGAUCAAAUGAGACCUGUAUCUGUAGAUGAGAGAUGAGUCCUGUUUCUGUUGAUAAUAGAUGUGUUGAAAUUAACAUUCAUACUUUGUAUUCUUCCUUGCAAUUUUACAGAGUUAUCUAUGUGUUUUUGAACAAAUUUUUGUAUAUAUUUAGAACUGUAGAUGAUAAAUGUUUUGUGAUUGAUAUUAAUACUCUUCACUCUUCUUUGUUAUUUUACGAUUACUUGGUUGAAUCUUUAGCACAGAGGACCACUAGUUUAUCAUUUACACUGUCAUGUGUUACCCUCUCCAAUUUAAGUUGUUACUUACCUACUUACUUACCCAGAGGUAAGUAAGUAGAGUAUUUGGAUGUCUUAUUGCAUGAAUCCAUGUAGUAAUAAUUUUCAAUGUUUUCACUUUUCAUUUUUAAUAGGUACUUAUAUUAUUUUCUGAAAAAUGAAUGUGCCAGUAAGGAAGAACUAUGUGCAGUUCUUGAAGAUUUGCUGAAUGUUGAUCCAACAAGUGAAUUGAGCAAGGAUUAUAUCAAGCUUGCUAAACACAAGAAUGGUAAAAAAUCUUAACACUUUACUACCUAACAUCAGAAUGCAUAUUCUCCCUGCUGACAUGGAGAAUUUAGAGCUUCUUUGGUUGGUGAUCAUUUCCUUCAUUCUCACAACUUUACUGUUUGAUUCAGGGGUGAUAUUGUAAGGAGAAACUAGAUGCUAGUCACUCUUGGGGGUUGAAGGGUCAAUGUGUGUCCAGAAAAACAAAAAAAUUAACAUGGCCAAAACCAACAAUUUUUUUACAGCACAAGCUUCUUAACCCUGUGAUCCCUAAGAGUGACCAACAUCUACUUUCUCCUCACAAUAUCAUGCCUGAAUCACAUAUUAAGGUCAUGAGAAUUAAGGAAAUGAUUGCCAUGUAGAGAAGGUCUUGAUUGCUAAACAAAUUCUCCUUGUCAGCAUCCAAGGAAAUGUAGAGAGAAGAAUAUGGAUGAUGAUGUCAGGGUUUAAACGAUUAAAACGUUUCAGUCCAGGUUUGAUUCUCUAACUGUCGUUAAUUUUGGAUGGUAGGCUCUCACUCUUGAGAUUUCAAAGGGUUACUCAUGUGAUCUUCUUUCCUUUGAUUAUACUGAUGCAUUGUCAAACAACAGUUCAUUUAAAUUGUUUUUUUUUGUGCUUUGUUUUUUUCCAGAUCAGUCAAAUGGACUCGUAAAUAUUUUAGGAGCGCUUUUCGUAAAGCUCGACCAUGCAGCAUGUCAAUUUUGUGUCACAGCCUGGAAGAAAAUUGCGGCUGCUCUCACUCAGUUCUGCGCGGCUCAUGACACGAGAGAAUUGAAGAUAUUUUGGGACGAGAGAGCUGAUUGGUGGCCACAAUUUCACUUCCGUCUCAGUCUCGUUCCUAACAAGGAUCACGUGUCUGAACUGGAAUGGAAACUGACUCGUCAUAAGGCCGAGGCUGCCAGGUGGCUCCUUGGACGAGGUACGUGUUUUGUGUGAGCACAUACAAACAUUUUAUCCUGCGUUUUAUAAUCACUCUUGUUUAGAAUUUGGAGAAAAUCUUAUCAACAGAAGAACACUACAAUCCCACAAAUUCAACUACUUUAUUAAACAACGAGUAAUAAUUUUGAUAAAUAGCGACUCUUAAACGCAGUACAGUACUUAUCGUUAAUAAACUUAAUUAAGCCCACUACAGUCUGUAUCUUAAACAGUUGGUCACUCCCAGCAACAACAACUACUACUGCUACAUAACUGAGUCCUUAUAUGUAUUCACUAAGUGUUCUGGAACAUUUCAGAAGCUUACAAAUGAGCUAUUUUAGUAAUAUUAUGUAAUAACUGCGUAACUCGAUGAAAUGUUCUAGAAAGUUCUAUGGUACUUAUGUUAGCAUGACUAAGCAGUCUGGAGAUUUCUAGAAGCUUAUAUUUACAACACCAAUUACUCAUAACAAAAUGAAGCUAUGAAUCCUGGGGAGUAAGCUUUAACACUAUAGCUAACAAGUUACCUAUUACUUAAGAAGAUAUGGGAUCUUGUGAUGAUUGAAAGUAGGCACCAAUACAACACGCAAUGAAGUUGUUACUGAAAAUAAUAUCAUUUUCAUUGAGGUAACCUAAGUCUGCUUUUGAAGAUGAAACAAGCCACAAGGCCCGUAUUAGUAAGCAAUAAAUCAUUAAUGAUGCAACCAUGAUCUUCUUUUUCUUCUUCUUUAUUUUCUAAUUCCUAUUUUCCUCUUCAUUCUUCUUCUUCAUCAUCUUCUUCUUCGUCUUCAUCUUCUUCUUCGUCUUCUUCUUCGUCUUCUUCUUCUUCAUCUUCUUCGUCAUAAUCUUCUUCUUCAUCAUCUUCCUCUUCUUCAUCUUCUUCUUCUUCUUCAUCUUUUUCUUCUUCGUCAUAAUCUUCUUCUUCAUCAUCUUCAUCCUUUUUUUUCUUCUUCUUCUUCUUCUUCAUCUGGGUCGACAGGUGAUGGGUUGACUUUCUCAAAUGCGCUGUUUUUAAAGAUCACCCUCGUCUCUUUCUUGUCUUGAGCCUCCUCGUAGUUGUAAUCUUUCUUAGGUAUCCCGGCGUCUUUGAAGAAUCCUUUGAUGCUCCUUAGGGUCUCUUGCAGUAGCAUAACGUCCGGUUUGAUUCUGCUAAUCACAGUCUCUAACAUUUUUUUUCGGGCCUUUGCCUUGCCAGACACGUUUAUGUUCCAGCUGAAUACGGUUGGAGUCAAAUACGCCGCCAUUCUGUUGUAGUGAUUGAAGCCUGAAAUAUAAAACCUUCAGUUUAGCGCAGCUCUUCUCAAAUAUGUCUGCCUGUAUUUCGAAAUACUACAGUCAAACCUCGAUUAUCCGGACUCGUUGGAGCAAGACGAACUUUCAGCGAAUACGCUUCAGUCCUUCGCUGGUCACUAAGUUGUCAGCAAACUUUAUGAUCUUUUCCUUGAUCGUGGAUAAAAAUACGUUUAUCUUGCAUACCACGCCGAAUGAGCCAAUAGAGCGUGAAAUCUCACUUAGCAACAAAGCAACUCCAAGCCAAUCAGACCUCAUCCGAAUGUUCUUGAACCUUUUCAGACUUGAAAAUUUUAGCCAAACCUAAGGAUCCUGUCAAGAAAGAACAACGAACCGACGCUAUUUAUUCUAUUCCGUGCAAUGACUGUGAUCUCGAGCAUAUCGGACAGACCAAGCGUCAGUUUGGUACACGUUUGAAAGAGCAUCAAAAAGCGGUCUUCUUUUGCAAAAAGGAAAAUUCAGCUUUGUCGGAGUACACAUGCCUAACCAACCAUAUAUUUGGGUGGGAUAAUUCUAAAAUUAUCACCGCUAAUCGACGUUACCACCAGCGCCUUUGUUUGGAAGCUUGGCAUACCAACUCCGCCCACGCUCCUUUAAUUCGUGAUGAUGGCGGCUUACUUCCUGACGCCUAUUUACACUUCGUCAGAAAAAAGUGCAGCUAAUCAGCGAACGUAUAAAAGGACCUCUUGUUGCAGCGGUUAGAUCACCCUUGAUUAAGGCACAAGACAGGAGUGUCGAAACGUUAGGUCUAUGAUUGUAAAUUCUCGGUUACAUUCAUUAAAUCUUCAAACCAGAGUGGCAUCAAACCAUGUCUGAUUGUCCACCUGGUUGCCAUGUGAACUUGAAUGUAUUUUAGUUACAACGCGUGCGAUAGCCUGCAGAGCAGGCGUAAUUUUGGCGAGCGAGUGCUCAGUAAUUUCAUAACGAAUAUUAUGGCCGCCAUCUUUGAUUUUAAUGGCAGCUGAAGGCUGGGGAGAGAAAUAAAUUUGUACCAAGGGGGCGGUCGACGGUCAAAAAUAGGGAGAGGGGUGGUGGUGGAGGAGUGAAGAUUUCUCCCUUCCCCCGCCCCCUACCCUCACCGUCCAUUCUUAACAAGGCCGGUCGGAUAACCGAUCGCUGGCUUGUAACGUUAGCUCGCCUAGUUCCAAUUUUGUCAUGAAUAUUUAUUGGUCAUAAUCAAGAUCCAUUGCCAUAUUCUUUUUAAAACUACAGCGUUGAAAAGUGGACUAAGGGCGAAUUUUUUCGCUUUCAAAAGUAAAAGCAACGCUCGCACGCGUAGCCCGCAAAGCAGGCGUCUUGAGAAAAAGUCCGAAUCAUCGAAGUCUGGAUAAUCGAGGUUCGAUUGUAUUGCUAUCACAGACUGAUACAAAACCAUGGCGCAACCUCCGGUCAACUAAGCUAUGGUAAUUUUUUUUUACCAUUUGGCAUUCCUUCUCGUCUUAAAGUUACUUCACUCUUUGUACUCCCUUUUGGUAAUGAGGCGCCUGCGAAUGGGUUGAUCAAUUCUUUGCGUAGCCGCGUCGCAUGUUUUAAAUGAAUAAGUACGGUAAUCUUCCAGCUGUAUCAUAACAGCGUGGAGUGUCAUAUCCAUCGUCGAUAUAUUUUUAAAAUCUUCCCGGUGACUGGGUCACAUUUGAUAAGUAUUUCGAAUGCGUCAUACAAUUUUGUAAAUUUAUGACCUUUGGUAUAAAAUAUCUUAGCUCUUGGUAGUUUCCUAACAGCUAGUUGUAGUUUGAUAUGCCACAAAACCAGAGUAGCUGCUCUAACAGCGUUUUUAAGAUACUUAGUAUUUCACUAAGUAGCAGACUGUGCGCGGUCACCAGCUUGGUCGAGUUGGUUUAUGACAAAGAUUACUUCGUGAGUUGACUGGGUUGAUGAACUUAUUAACCGCGUGACCGGUUUUAUGGGAUGGUAGACAAAAGCCCAUCACUCAUUUGGCUUCCAAAUUGCAGAGUUUUCUCAGCACUUUGCAGGGAAGCUUUUUCCUUUUUGUCGCCUAAAGGAAAACUUGAGUCGAGUUAGAAAGCAAGAUGGUGAUUUUUAAUUGAACUUUGGACUUGAAACUCUUGCGCAUAUUUUUGAUGUGAUAUAUUUUCUUUGGUUCCAGGAAACCCUUUCACUCAAGCUGUGAGGAAUCAAGAACCACAGGAAAGUGAAUUAGAAUCGUCUUCAUCUCACAGAGACACAGGAUCACCAAGAAUAAGGAAAACAGUCGAUAAAGAGCCGUGUUCACCCCGGAAAAGGAAAAACAAUGACGAUAGGUCCUAUAAAUCCAAAAGAAGAGUCCUUUGUGGACAAGUAUUGGAAAAAUGAAUUCCCAUAUCUGUUUUAUUACAGUUAAUUGUUUUCAAGCUUUUAUUCUAACGGUACGACGUGAACUGUAAACAAUUUGUUAGACAAUUUGUAAUUGAUAAGUAAACAGGAUACCCAUACUUGAAUAUGCUCUGUGUACGAAAAGUCUAGACUUUUCUUUACCCUACAUUCGUUUCCUUUUACAAAUUUCUAUGAGCGUUUCACUUUUUUCGCAUAUUUAGCGAGACAGCCAUUGUUUUUUACGUUUUCCUUAGAUAUUUUGCGCGGGAAAUUGGCGUGCAGCCGGCUAGGAAUGAUGCCUUUGCGCAUGCCCGACGCUUGACCGCUGUCUUGGAGACGUGUUAGUGUAUCGGUACGUCGGCACUGAACUGUAGGGUUAAGCCCUACCUAAGAAUACUGUAAGGAUUUCACACCACUGUAUGUUUUGCGAACGGCAAACAGUAAAAAAUUGAGCAUAUGCUAGGUGCCAUUUUACGUUGCUGUGGUUUGUAAAACACCACGUUUAAAUAAACGACAAACCAAAAUCAUGAACCCUGUUUUUGCAGUUUGAACAUUGAGUUAUCAGUUU